AUGCUCCUCCUCCUGGGGCUCCUCAUUUCUGUAGCCCAGACUGGUCUUGGACUGUCUGGGCAAUACCAGCCAUCGCCGCCGCCCCCUCCAGGCUCUGGUGGACAGUAUCAGUCAUCGCCGCCGCCCCCUCCAGGGCCAGGUGGUGGUGGUCCUCGACCGGGACCCCCUCCAGGGCCUGGUGGUGGUGGUCCUCGACCAGGACCCAAUCCAGGGCCUGGUGGUCUUUCACCACCACCUCCUCCGGGGCCUGGCGGCUCUCCACCGCCUCCAACCCAAUAUCCUCCAUCUGUGAGCAAUCCUCCAACGCCGCCGUCGCCGCCAUCGGAUUACUACUACUACGACGGAACACAACCACCGCAGUGUAACCCUGAGCCAAUGCAGUGCAAUUGUCCCAUAUCGGGUCAGCCUCCAUCGUCAUCACCACCACAGCCAACCCCUCCAUCUUAUUCGUCUCCAGGAACUCCAGCUAUUACUCGGUACACACCACCUGGCACUACUUCAACGCCAACUCGAAAUACUCCUCCAACGCCAUCCAUCCCUCCAUAUACACCUACCCGAUACUCACCCCCUUCAACGCCUACUCGAUACAGCCCACCCGCAACUUCUCCGUCAGCCCCACCAGGUUCCUAUGGUCCUUCCUCAGUCCCACCGACAGGGUACUUUCCUUCUUCAACGCCGCCCACACGAUACAGUUCCCCUGCAACACCGACUACAAGUCAAUCUUCUCAGUACACUUCGUCUGCCUCUGGAGGUUAUGUAGCUUCAAAUGCGGACAUGCAGGCGGCUAUAACGACUUGCGCCUCGACAUGUUCAUCAUUGGCUUCUAGAGGGCAAGAUUCAGUCAGCACAGAUUUACUACGUUGGUGUGGUGGACUACAGUUGGAUACAACCCGACGCCGCAACGCGUACAGAAUCUGUUCAACACGGCCAGCCAAUUUCUCGAACAAUACUGUUGAGAAACGCAGAGUUCUGAGCAUAUUCACGUACUUCAAUGAAUAUAACUCAUCAUUUUUAGAAGGAACUGGAAGACUGUCAGUUGAUGAUAACAUAGCUAAGAGAGAAAGGAAAGCUCAUGAUCGAAAAACAGUCACCCAGAAGGCGUUCCACAUUGACAUGGUGGAAGAGCCUCCGUAG